GGAGGUUGGGGGGGGGGGCGAGGCAGCUCAGCGUGAGGCCCCGGCGGCGGCGGCGCGGCCCGGCCCUCCCUCCUCCCUCAGCUCAGCUCAGCUGCAUGAAAUAUGGGAGACGACAGGCCGUUUGUGUGCAGUGCCCCCGGCUGUGGACAGAGGUUUACAAACGAGGACCACCUGGCAGUUCAUAAACACAAGCAUGAGAUGACAUUGAAAUUCGGCCCCGCUCGCACUGACUCAGUCAUCAUAGCAGAUCAGACUCCAACCCCGACUCGGUUCUUGAAGAACUGUGAAGAAGUGGGACUCUUCAAUGAGCUGGCCAGCUCCUUUGAGCACGAGUUCAAGAAAGCUGCAGAGGAUGAGGAGAAAAAGAGUUCUGGAGCCCUGGACAUGUCCCUGCCUUCCACCCCAGACAUCAAGAUCAAGGAGGAAGAACCAGUGGAGGUGGACUCUUCACCACCAGACAGCCCCACGUCCAACCCACAGUCACCACAGAACAAGGAGAAGGAGGUCACCCCCAAACCUGUCAUCAUCUCCACCCCGACUCCCACCAUCGUGCGGCCGGGCUCGUUGCCGCUCCACCUGGGCUACGAUCCUCUCCACCCCACGUUGCCAUCCCCAACCUCAGUCAUCACCCAGGCUCCCCCUUCCAACAGACAGCUGGGGUCUCCUACAGGUUCCCUUCCCCUGGUGGUGCAGCUUGCCAACGGCCAGACCAUGCCUGUCCUCCCAGGCCCUCCUGUGCAGAUGCCUUCAGUGAUCUCGCUGGCUCGACCUGUCUCCAUGGUGCCCAACAUUCCUGGGAUUCCUGGGCCACCCAUCAACAGCAGUGGGUCCAUUUCACCUUCAGGACUCCCAGUGCACUCCGAAGCUAAAAUGAGGCUGAAGGCCACCUUGACAGGGUCCUCCUCCUUGAAUGGCAGCAACCUGGUGGUGGGCUCAGCCAGCACGAUGGUGACAGCCCGUCCAGAGCAGAGUCAGAUCCUGGUCCAACACCCAGAUGCCCCUUCCCCAGCUCAGCCCCAGGUGUCCCCAGCCCAGCCCACCCCCAGCACGGGUGGCAGGAGGCGCCGCACGGUGGACGAGGACCCGGACGAGCGGCGACAACGGUUCCUGGAGCGGAACCGAGCGGCCGCCUCGCGCUGCCGCCAGAAACGCAAGCUCUGGGUGUCCUCCUUGGAGAAGAAAGCUGAGGAGCUCACCACCCAGAACAUCCAGCUGAGCAAUGAAGUGACAUUGCUGAGGAACGAGGUGGCUCAACUCAAGCAGCUCCUGCUGGCCCACAAGGACUGUCCUGUCACUGCACUACAGAAGAAAACACAGGGCUAUCUUGCAGAAAGCCCCAAGGAGAGCUCGGAGCCCACGGGCUCCCCAGCCCCCGUCAUCCAGCACAGCUCCCUCGGCGCCUCCCCCAACGGGCUCAGCGUCCGCUCGGCGGCGGAAGCCGUGGCCACCUCGGUGCUGGCCCAGAUGGCCACCCAAAGGACAGAGCUGGGCCUGCCCGUGCCCUCCCACGUCAUCAUGGCUCCACAGUCCCAGUCUGCUGGCAGAUGAUGGCACCGUGUCCCACCCGGAGCUGAACCCACCACCUGGCAGCAGAGACUGAGCCCACCCGGGUCCUCCGCCGGGCCCGUCAGGAGUUUUGUUUUCUUCUUCUUUUCUUCUUCUUCAUCUUCUUCUUCAUUUUUUUGGGGGGAGUUGGGUUUUGGUUUUUCCGUGUCAGCCAAGGGCAGCUACAGCCUUUCUGACCCCGGGGCAACCCCUGCAGACCCUGCCCUGUCACCACCUUGUCCCCAAAGGGAUGGUGCCCAGCGAAGGUUUCUCCCAACCUUUGGGUUGACCAACCCAUCAACUGGCAGGGUCACCCCAACACAGGGUCACCCCAAGAGAGUCACCCCAACACAGGGUCACCCCAACACAGAGUCACCCUGACAGGGUCACCCCACCACAGAGUCACCCCAACAGUCACCCCAACAGAGUCACCCCAACACAGGGUCACCCCAAGAGAGUCACCCCAACACAGAGUCACCCUGACAGGGUCACCCCAACACAGGGUCACCCCAAGAGAGUCACUUCAACACAGAGUCACCCCAGCAGAGUCGCCCCCGCAGUCACCCCAACACAGAGUCACCCCAACACAGAGUCACCCCACAGGCAGAGUCACCUCAACACUCAAGUCACCCCAACAUGCAGUCACCCUGACAGAGUCACCCCAGCGCUCAAACACCCCAACACUCAGACACCCCAACACUCAAACACCCCAGCAGAGUCACCCCAACACUCAGACACCCCAACAGCAUCAUCCCAACUCUCAAAACACCCCAGCAUUCAGACACCCCAACCUCCACGGGGUCCCUUCCACUCUCCCAGGUCCCCUCCCACCAUUUCCCUCUCUUCCUCCUCCUCCUCCCUGGCCAGAUGACACCAGUUCCCAGGGCUGGGACACCCAGUCCUGCUCUCCAGGUGUUUUGUGGGGAACAACUGGUUGGUCCCAGGGAUCUGUCCCCUCCUCCUGCCACCCCAAACGUUGCACCUUGGCUCAAGGAGCCUCCUCCAGCCCUGAGCUUGGAAGGGACCAAGGUUGGUCCCGUCCCACGUCGACUCCCAAGAUGCCAGCGACAGGUUUUUGGACACUGGGGGAGUGUCACCAGUAUAAACCAGUUUGUGGCCAGAGAAGGGGAGACGGGGAGGACACACAAGCAUGUUCCUGGUGACUUGUGCUGUGGAUGGUGACGUGCUGCUCUCCUGAGGGGACACGGGUUGCUGGAGGGAAGGUCCCAUCCUGGGGCAGGGCAAGGGCUGCCCACAGACUCCCUCACCCAGUUGGUGCUGCUCUGGGUCGGCUGGGACCAGUUCAGAACUGGGGGAGCACAGGAACAGAUCACCUAGCCCAGCAGGGGACAACAUGGGGCCCGGAAUUCAUCAUCUGCUCCCAGCUCCACGCAGAUCCCUCCUUCCCUAAGGAUCAUCUUGACACAUCACCUUGAUGACCUCAAGAAUGGUGGCCUUAAAGUCAUGGAUGAGUUGCCUGUUCCCAGGGGAGGGAGCACCAAGAAGUGUUUCCAUCUCACCUGGUCUCUUCCCUCCUCAUCAUCAUGAGCAUCUUCCUCUCCCGUUGAUGGAGCCUCCGUUGCUUCCCAACCAGAGCAAACCAAGGAUUCCCAGAGCUUCCCAGUUGCCCAGGGCUGGUUAAAAAACACCUGGAAAGAUGCUUGGAAUUGGGGGUUCCUGCCUUGUUGGCCACGUGUCCCUUGGGGACUUCCCAAGCUCUGGAGAUGGGAAAGGAACCUGCAUGAGGUCGGGCUCUCGGAAGGCACCUCAACCAAACCCAUCCAUGGAGCUUCUUCAGCCCUUGGUCUUCCUCUCUACCCCCCCCAGGAGGUCCCUCCUCACCCACCUCAGGUUGCACUCGCCACUUUUGAGCCAAGUUGGUUGGUCAGAUUUGCUUCCAUUUGGCUUUUCCAGAACUUGGAAAAGGUUUUCCAGGAACAGCAGAACCCAAAGCGAAGCCGGAACGAGACCCUGGAUCCUCCUGGGGAUGGGGACCUGGAGCAGUUUGCUUUCCUCUGGUGGUGGGAUGGGUCUUCUUCUCCCCCUCCCCUCUUCUUCCAGCUUUUCCUUGACUUCCUGGCAUCGUGGACCACGGCCUUGCCCACCUUUGGUUCAUCUCCUCACCACGCUGCUCUCCUGCUUCCUGAUCUCCAGAGUCACCUGGUGUAGAACCAAGGUCACAUCUGGCCCCACCACUUGAAACUCCUGGUUCAGAUCCCUCAGAACCACCCCCAGACCCACCUUUUUUCCUUCUCUGAAACCGUUUCUGCCCGUUCUGACGUUCCAGCUCUCCCUGCUCUGUCUCUGCAGCCACAUGGAGCUGUGAGGACACAGAGGAGGUUCAGAAGGUCUUAAAGCCACAAAACCUGGAGAAGAAGGUUGGGGUUUUGUCUCUCCCCAGCAAACCCUGACCCAGCAGGGGCCAGGACCUUUUUUAUGGGGCUGGGAUCUAAGGCAGAAGGUUUCCAGGAGCUGCAAGGUCCAGCCUGGCUCUGCUUCCCCUCUUGGAGCUGCUGCUGGAUGCAGGUCAUGGAGCUCCAACAAGGAAGGGCAGAAGACCCUUCAACUGCUCCAAGAAGGUGGGAAAAUGCCCCAUUUUUGCAACCCAGGGGUUUGUUCUGGGCCUCAACUCUGCUCAGUUUCCUUCAGGAGGCUUUGAAGCAAGUAUCUCCACUUGCUUCCAUGGCUUGGGAAGAGCUGAAAGGACAAAAAUGGGUUGGAAACAGAUUUUUUUGGUAGGUUGUGUCCAACAGCAGCUUCUCCUGAACCUGCUGGAAAACCAGGGGAAAGUGUUGGUGGAAAAUGGGAGAGAAGGAGGAGCUGAGCUCUGGGUUCAUCCCACCACUGGUUCCUUCCUUCCCUUCAUGGUGCUGGUGGGGUCUGGUGGGUGAGGAGGUUUGGGAGAGUUGGGGUGUCCAGCCUGGAGAGGAGAAGGCUCCAGGGAGACCUUGGAGCAGCUUCCAGUGCCUGAAGGGGCUCCAGGAAAGCUGGGGAGGGACUUGGGCCAAGGGCAGGAGGGAUGGGAGCAGGGGGAAGGGCUUGGAACUGGCAGUGGGGAGAUGGAGGUUGGAGAUGAGGAGGAACUUGUUGGCUGGGAGGGUGGGGAGAGCCUGGGCCAGGGCAGCUGUGGCUGCCCCAUCCCUGGGGGUGUUGAAGGGCAGGUUGGAUGGGGCUUGGAGCAGCCUGGGCUGGUGGGAGGUGUCCCUGCCCAUGCAGGGGGUGGGAUCUACAUGGUCUUUAGCUCAUGGGAUGGUUUGGGUUGGAAGGGACCUUCAAGCCCACCCAGAUGAUCCCACUAGAUGAUCUUGAAGGUGCUGCCCCAUCCCUGGGAGUGUUCCAGGUGUCUACUAUGGGUCUUGGAGCAGCCUGGGCUGGUGGGAGGUGUCCCUGCCCAUGCAGGGGGUGGAUCUAGAUGAUCUUCAAGGUCCCUCCAACCCAACCCAUCCCAUGGUUCCGUGGUUGCUCCCACCCAUGACACCUCAUUGGGUGUCACGAGGUCACUCCAACCUCACCGAGGACAACGGGGAGACCCAGUGAGUGGCUUUCCCCCCCAUCCCUUGUGCUCCUGAUGCCACCAGUGCCACCUCCAGCAUCUCCCCAUCUCCCUGCCAGCCCUUCAGGCCUUCCCAAGAAGUUCUACAAACCCCUGAAAAACGGGAUGUUGAAGCUCCAAACUGGGCCCAGUUCCCUCCAAACCAGUGAGGGACCCAACGUUGGGCCCUUCCAUGACAUUGGGCUUCUUCUCAUCCACAAGGGUUGGAGCUUUCCUGUGGUCCCCAGGGUGUUUGGUGGCCCCUCGGGGUGGGUUUUACCCCCACCUUGUAGAAGCUGCUCCUGGAGCAGGUUCCAGGUCCCCAUUUCUCCUGUCCCACCAUGAGGAAAGGAGCCAAAAAACCUCAACUGACACAUCCCCCCCAUCCAGCCUUUGUCACAGGGGGUUGUCCCAUCCCAUCCUGGUGCCACAGGUGGAUGUCCCAAGCCAUAGAUGUCACUUUGGGGCUGGUGGGUGAAGUUCACCCCUCCCAGGUCUGCACUUGAGUUGGUUUUAAACCUCAGAAGGAGCUGGAGGUCCCAGCACAGGGUGACUUGUCACCUUUCCAGGAGCAGGGACAGGGAUGGUUUGUAGGAGGUGACUCUUCCCAGGCUCUCCAGAGAGGAGGGGACAGUGUUUUAAUUAAAAGAUGGGGUAGAUGUGGUCUCCUCAAACCACUGGGAAGCUGUUGAGCUCUGAGGAGAUGGAAAAUCCCCGCUGAGCCCUUCAAAAUGGUCCUCAAAAGAUCCCACCAACCUCUGGGUUGGUGCCCCACAUCAUCUCCUCCUCCCCUCACCACUUCUGGUGGUGGUUUCUUCAUGGGGAUGCUGAUUUGAGGUCCUGGUGAGGACGUGCCUUGGGUUUGGGGGUUAGUUUUGGUUGGGAAGAGGGACUUGGGGGCCAGUGGGUGACACGGGGUGGUGUGACCCUGUGACCUGAGGGUCGAGGUGGCUUUUCCUCCUCCUCCUCCCCAAGCUCCUUCACCUCUUGAAGGUUUUGCUGACCCUCUUGGAGGCAGAAAACCCCCACCCAAACCCUUGAUUUCUUCUGCUCUAGGAUGGUUUCUCCUGCUCUUCAAAGGUUCUCAAGGGAUGACUCUGCUCAGCAGCUCCUCCCCAGCCCCAGGUGCCUUAUCCCAACCCCCUGUGGCUUUUUUUGUGCGUGUCUUCCCCAAAAGUCCAUCAUUAGAUGGCCCAGGAUCUCCAGCCCUCCUCCUGAUCCCUCCAUCCUUCCUCCUGAAUCCCUCCAGGUUCCUCAGAGGUGCCUGGAGAAGCCCCUCAAGGGUCUGAAGGUUGUGGUGGAGUGAGGAGAAGCCCCAAAGGUGACACCGAUCGGUGGGAAUGAAGGUUUUGGGGUGGUUUUUUUUAUGGAUCCAUCUUCACUUUGGGGUCAAAAAGAAACAAAAUGGCUCAAAAACCACAUCCUGGGGCCACCGUGUGUGUGUGUGUGUCCAAGGGUGGUGCUGAACCCCAGGAGGACUCAGGCUCCAGCAGCUCCAACCACCAUCUCCAGAUCCCUCAGGAUUUGGGGGUGCUGAGGGGUUGGUCAGUGCCACCUUCCUCCCCCUAAAAACACCCCAAUUCCUUGGGAUUUUGCUGCCUCAGGUGGGAAAUUGGUCCUUUUUGAUCCAAGAAGUGACAACACCCCCUACCCGGGAGGUGACAAAAGAGAGGAAGGUCCUGGGUGUGUCCGUGUGUGUGUCCCCAAGGGUGGUGCUGAACCCCAGGAGGACUCGGGCUCCAGCAGCUCCAACCACCAUCUCCAGAUCCCUCAGGAUUG